GCAUCUCCAUCCGAGCCCUUAUCUUAUCCCUCAUCCUAUUUUUUAAGAAAAAAACGCUCGAACGGCUCUCCAACCGAUCCCUCAUCGGCAUCCUCAUCUUUGAGGGAUCCCUAUUUCACCUCCGUCGACCCUCAGAUUUAGGAACCGCUGCUGGCUCCCUAUCCGUCAACCGCCUCUCCUUCCCGCCGCUCUUUCCCGCCACGGAUAUUUCCGGCGACGACGCGAGGUACGCUUGCCCCGCGCCGCCGGCCCCUCCGCCCUCAUCUCCGCCCCUCCCAAGCUGCCCCAGCAAAAGCAGAAGCAGCAAGAGGAAGAGAAGGAGCAGGAGGAGGCAGCGCCGUUCGUGUUUUCGGAGCUCGUGCAGGUGGGCGAGGUCACGCUCGAGCCGCUCAGCCCCAGCAGAAGCAGCAGGAGGAAGAGAAGGAGCCCGUGCGUGUUUCCGGAGCCCGUGCAGGGAUGGCACUCGAGCUUGCAGAUCUGGUGGCCACGGGCUUCUCCAAUGGCUGAAUCUUACUGCUACGACACAUCUUUUUUUGAUGCCGUGCUCGAUUUAGUUGGCCAGAGCGCUGGAGGUUUCUUCCUCGUCAAUCCCCUCAAUCCUCUUCUACACCAAUCAGCAAUUUGGGCUUCCACGAGCUCUUGUUUCGUCGAUCUGGUGUAGCAAGGUUACAACAAUGGAUGGUUUUUUUGGAAUUGAUGAGUGAACAAAACAUUGAACACAAUGGACCGUAUUGGGAUGAUAGUCAAUUUGUAAGCCCACAUGAGGAGCAACAACUGCCACAUGUAGAAGCUGGUGCAUCCCAAAAAGCCAAAAAGGCCAGAUCAAAAAAUUUCAGUGUAAAAGAAGACAACAUGUUGGUGUCGGCAUGGCUAGAAGUUAGUUUGGAUGCUAUACAAGGGAAUGAACAAUCCCGUGCUACGUAUUGGCAAAGAAUUACUGAUUAUUUUCACGAGCACAAGGACUUUGCAUCUGAUCGUAAUUCCAAUUCUCUCCAGCACCGUUGGUCUAUCAUACUAGAAGGUGUUAACCGGUUUUGUGGAUGUUAUGUCCAGAUUCAAAAUAGGAGGCAAAGCGGGGUGACAGAACAAGAUAAGGUAAUGCAUGCAUGUGAAUUGUAUAAGUCAAAAGACCCGAAGGGAAGAUCGUUCGGAUUGUUGCAUUGUUGGAAUAUCUUGCAGCACGAGCAAAAGUGGAAGGAUAGGUGCGUCCAGAAAAAACAGAAGACAUCCAGCACUGGAAGUCCGUCGUCCACUCCUGGGACCAACGAGAGUCAUCUAGAGGAUGAUGGGGAUGGUCAUACUUCAGAGCCCGUGGUUAGGCUAGGAGGUAGGAAGGCGGAGAAAGAGCGACAACGGCGAGGUAAAAAUCCUGUCUCUCAUGAAGAUAAUCUUUACAUGGAAGCAUUGGAAAACAUGUGGGCUAAGAAGAAAGAGGCAGAAGCCCUGAAAGAGGUUGCAAAAAAAGAGCGCUAUGAUGAGAGACUUGCACUUGAGAAGAAAAAGAUUGAACUGAAGGAAUAAGAUAUUGCGUUAAGGAGAAGGAUUGAAGAUGAUAAGGUGAUGAAUAUGGAUCUUAGUGGUAUGAGUGAGCGACAACGGCAAUACUAUACGAGUUUGCAAGAUGAGAUCAUCGCUCGGCGAUUUGGCACAGGCUCGGGUUGAGCUACUUCAUAUAUGGAACUUUAAGUAUUUUGUUGGCACUUUAAGUAUGUUGUAUGAACUUUAAGUAUUGUGUUUGCAUUUUAAG